GACGACGACGACGACGACAACGACGAGGACGACGUUCUGUGUCUCGUAAUCGUUGGUGUUAUGCGUUGAUGGUGUAUGUGUGUCUACGAAACAAGAAUAGCGUCGUACCCGGUAGCAUCGUCAUUAAUGUGGUGGUGUGUAGUAAUAGUAGUGGUGGUAGGUGGUGAUAGCAAUAGAUGAGUUGGACAGAGACAGAGAAAGAGAAAGUUAUAGAAAGAAAGAGAGAAAAGACUAGUGGGGUUGAUUGUAAACGUCACACUUUGCAGAAACGCACGCGUUUUGUUGGUGCUUUUAUCUUAAUCUCUGUGUACAAAGUUAAAAAUAAUCCAAACUAUGAAAAUAUUCGAGUAUGAUUAAAAAAAUUAAUUCGUUUUUAAUGGUUAAUUUAACAUUGUCACGUACGAUCGUUGGAUUUUGCACUAAACGGCUUACUUCGGGUUAAUACGGAUCUCUCGUGUCAUCAUUCAUCUAAAGAAUAUCUUUUUCUUUUAACUGUCACAUAAACACACGUGCACGUUCCAGAUUAGUGUCUUCUUCAUUUCGCGAAAGUAACUUAUUCAAAGCGUACGAUUUAUCAUGUAAUAUGGUCGAUUAUAUAUAUUAUUAUAUAUAUUAUAUAUCUGUGUAUACGUGAUAUAUAUAUAUAUAUAGAUAUUUGGUGGAGUGCGCGCGUCCGACAAAAUGGUGUGUACUUUUGGACGGAAGGGGUAGUUUUCACGUGGAUCUCAUACGCGUCGAAGGGGUUGACAGACGUGGACGCGUGGAAGAAGGGACGAUUCCCCUCUAGGAAAGUGCGCAGGUACGGGAGGGAGAACAUUUGGAAGGUGGUGGGAGAAGUAGUGGUGGAGGUGGUGGUUGUGGUGGCGGUGAUGGUGAUUCUCCUCCGUAUAUGAUUUUCCCCUAUGGAAAGAGACCGUAUGUGAAGAGAAAGAGAGGGGUGAAAAGAGAAAGAGAGUAGGACAGAGUGUAUAGACUCGCACCUGGACCAAGAGGAACGGAACGGAAUAGCACGGCACGCGCGGGUAACGCCGUCACAAGACUCGAGAACAGUUGGUGUAGAAUAGACCAGGUGGUAGUGGUGUGGUGGUGGUGGUGGUGGUGUGUGUUGCUAGAGGAAAGGGGCGGAGCGGAAGGACCCUAAGGGUACCGGUUGGCAUCGAGUACUCUCACCGGUACUGUCUCAAAGGUGAAAGAGAGAGAGAGAGUUAGCAGCAAAGAAGCACCUCGCUCUCUCUUUCUUUCCUUGUCAGUCUCUUGAUCGUAUUAUAUUUAAGAGUUUGGAAUAAGCAUAGCCGGUGCCGGUACUACUGCUAGGGAGCGUAGCGUAUUCACACUCUUUCUCUCGACCGGCGAAACGUGCGCGCGCGUUUUCACUCGCUCCGCAUUUGUCAUGGGCGCACGGUGGAUGCCGCUGUUGUGGUACCAUCGGAUCUCUAUGCCGAUCCGUUGUGGCGAAUUGUCGACAGAAAUUCUAUCAGCAGGAACAUCAACAGCGCCGUCUUCAUUGUCUAACAGAAUUAACCUUUUCUUCGGUGGCGCGACGUUCGAGUUGUCUUCAAAAUUUAUUAAGGUGUUAGAGGCAAGAGUAGGAUCCUUGAAAGGUUUCCAAGGUGUCACUUGUUCGGCUGAUCAGUGACGACGAGAAGAUCGGUGACGAAGCACGUUUCGGGUUUAACGUAAUAGGAGAACAACGGUUAGUUCGUGCGUGCGUGCGUGCGUGCAUGCGUGCGUGCUUGGACACGUAAUUGUGAAAGACGAGGAGAAGGAGAAGAGUAGGAAAAGAAGGGGAAGAAACAGGGGAGAAAGGUGUAAAAGCAAAGAAUACGUGGUGAAUUCGAAAAAUUCCGGUUGCCUUGAGUGCACGCGGUGUGUUUAAUCACGACAGCGAGCGAGUGCGCGCUUACCCGAACUAGAUGUGCGUAAAUGGAAGGUAUAGGGGACAUAGCCGAUCAUCAAUCGCAUAGCGAGCAAUUACUGGACUCGGUCGAUUCCCCGGCGGCGGUCUCUACGCAUGGCCGCAGCGGCAGUGGGGGUGGCUCGAAUGGAAAUUGUGGUGGUGGUGGUGGAAGAGGUGGAGGAGGAGAAGGUGGUAGGGGAAGUAUUCUUGGUGGGGGCAGACACCAUCACCAUCAUCAUCACCAGCACCAUCAUCACCAUCUCCACCAACAACAGCAGCAGCAACAACAACAACAACAACAACAACACCACCAUCACCAUCCUCACCACCACCAUCAGCAACACCACGAGGUUAACGAAAUUGGAGGUGGUAGAAGCGGCGGUAGUAACGGUGGAGGUGGUAGCAUCGAGGGUAUGUCAUCGUCGGCUUCUCAAAGUCCCGACAUCGCGUGCGCGAGCAUACCGAUCGAAUUGCUCAGGGCUGGCGCGCUCGACGUUAAAGAAGAACGAGAUCUCGUCGCCGCGGAAGAUCUCUCGUCGUCUCAGGAAGGGCCCACGAUCGGUAGCGGAGGCGGUGGUAACGGAAACAGUGUUGGUGGUGCCGGUGUUGGUGGUGCUGGUGGUGGUGUUGCUGGUGGUGGCGGCAACAACAGUGGUGGUGGUGGUAGUGGCAGUGGAGGCGGUGGUGGUGGAGGCGGUAGUGGUAGUACCGGCGGUGGCGGCGGCGGUGGUAGCAGCAGCAGCAGCAGCAGCACCAGCAGCACCAGCAGUACCAGCAGCGGUGGAGGUGCCAUCGGUGGUGGCGGUGACGGCGGCGGUGGUGGCGGCGGCGCCGUCGACAGCGGUGGUGGUGGUGCCGGUGGUGGUGGUAGACAGAUCCGGGCAAGCUAA